CAUGGACUGCUCAACUCAGCCCAAAAGCAGAAGCUGUAAUAUGUGGAUACAACAACAUGAUUUAGGGAGUCUGUACAGCUUCCUUCGAUAUAACAUGAGAACCGUCCAUGAGGAUGACUUACAAGUGUUUAUUUUUUUAUUGAAGAUGUUCUCAAACAUAAUAAGAAGAAUAGGAAGGCAUCAUAUCUUUAUUAUCAAGUGUCUCCUAGGCAGCUUCUGCACUUUAAAUCUUUUCAAAAACGUAAUUCAGGAAAGGGUCAUUGUUUCCAGAUGUGGUUCAGAUGUGAGCUGCUCUCAGCGAUAGAAGAAGAGAUGUCUCUCCCUCUGAUGUGCCCUGCAGGCUGCCUGGGCUCCCAGAAGGUGUGCAGCUACCACGACAUUCUGGUGCACCUGAACCUUACCCGAGACAACGAGGUGUACACGGCCACGCGGCCGGUCCUCGACCACACACACCCCACCGUGGUCCGCAUGGACCUCGCUCUCUACGCCAUUUUAGCCGUGAUCGAGAAAACACAGACCUUCACGCCAUUCAUCUGGAUAAUAUUGAUGUGGAAUAAUGAACGCGUCUCCUGGGAUCCGGCUAUGUUCUGCGGGAUCACAGAACUCUCCAUUCCCAAAGAGAUGCUUUGGAAACCUGAUCUGUUGAUCACUGAGAUGACGGAUAUGGACAACGCGUCCCAGAGUCCCUACGUGUACAUCACCUACGACGGCAAUGUGACCUUCGAGGAGGACCUGAAGGUGGUCAGCACCUGCAAGAUGGACGUGCACAAGUUCCCCUUCGACACGCAGAGCUGCAACAUCACCGUCAUGUCCAUCCUCCACAGCGUAAGUCAACUGAGGCUCACCCCGUCCUCCAACUCUUCCCGGAUCACCCAGUUCACCCGCAGGGUGAUGCAGACUCAGGGAGAGUGGGAGUUCCUCAGCCUGGCCGUCACCAACGAACUGUUCGUCCUCGGGGAUCAAAACUGGGAUCAGAUCAUAUACACGAUCUCCAUGAAGAGGAGGCCCCUCCUGCAUGUCAUCAACUUCCUGCUGCCCGUCCUCUUCUUCCUGUGUCUGGACCUGUCCUCCUUCCUCAUCUCCGACCACCGGGGGGACAAGCUGGGCUUCAAGGUCACCGUGCUGCUGGCCAUCUCCGUGCUGCUGCUCAUCCUCAACGAGAUCCUGCCCUCCAUGUCCAACCGGACUCCCCUCAUAGCCACCUACUGCAUCGUGAUCUUUGCCAUGAUGCUGCUGAGUCUCCUGGAGACGGUGUUGGUGACUCACCUGAUGGAGAAGGACUCUCAGCAGAAAGGUGUCCCGGAGAGGGAGGCCGUCCUGGUGGAGGACCUGGAAGGCAAGCAGGACAAGGCCGCCUCCCCCAGCUCUCCUGCCUCCCCCGCCUCCCCAAGCUCCCCCAGUCCCUGGAAGCCAUUACGGUCUGCCCUGCUGGCCUCCCCCCUCAGGCCACAGAGACCAGGAGGCCGUCCGUCCCGUGAGCGUCUGCCCUCUGGUCCGCAGGUGGCGGACGGCGGUCCCGCCGGGGGCGACGCCCACCUGUGGCUGAUGGUCCUGCAGGAGCUGAGGGAGCUGAAGGGCCUGGCCCUGGCCUGGGUCCGCCAGGCCCACGGCGGGCAACCCGGCUACUGGACCCGCCUGGCCUAUAGGAUCAACGUGGGCUUCUUCAUAUUCUAUGUGGCGGUGGCCCUGUUCUUCCUCACCCUCAUGAUAAAGGAAUGGCAGUCCUAG